AGAAUUGUUGCGGUUCGUGAUCGUGAUAGAAUGAAGUCUGAACGUCGAUUUUUCUGUCACGGCGAAACUCACGUUGUGAAACGACGGACAUUUUAUGGGAUGUUGAGGAUCUCAAAUAUUGCGAACUUAAUGGAUACCUAGGAUGGUUUGCUUCAUCGACCUUCCAUAGGUACUGUGCUUUCUUAGAAAUUUCGUGGUAUUUAAAAUUAACGCACACUUGCUCUUGUGAAAGUCUUUCCUUCGUUUAGCUCGUUACUCCGUUUCAUUGGAUUACAGCUUUUCUUUCAUCUCUUUUGGGGCGAAAUUCCUGUUCUGAAAAAGUUGUAGAUGUCGAUGGAAGCACAAGUUUGCGGUAUUGAGAAGAAUGAAGACUUGAAGUCGACCGAUAUUUACACUUACGUCGACCCACAUGAAGGAAACCAGUUACCUCAGUUGCAUUUUGACCGAGAUUUGAGCGAUGCACAGCGGUUUGAAACUGCCGAAGCCGGAGGUGAUAAUUUAGCAUUUGGCUGCAACGUUGGAGUGGGUCGUUACGGGAAUCAUCUAGAUUCUACGAGUUCCAAUUAUCCUGGGAGUCAAAAUCAAUGUUCCAUGAGGCACGAUGAUUCGCCGCCUAGAUUCGUUCUUCGUCCGCAGCAACUUCCGAACGUGAGCAUGACGCAGGGGUUUUCGGGUGGAGUGAUCCCUGUUGAAUACAUUCAUCGGUAUUUCUCGCCUGGUUACCAGAUGCCACCUGCUGUUACAGCACCUUGGUCAUUACCAGUUGUCAAUCCUGGAUAUUUUCCCGGGUUUUGUUAUCCACCAACGUGUUCUUGGUGUCAUCAGCCUUACCAAAUCUACGCUUGUCACCCUUCACCCUACAUUCCGCCUGUGCAUUGUUUACCAAAUAAUUUAGCCUUGCCAAGUCCAACCUUUAACAUGAGUUAUUCGAAUGCGCAAUCGCAGUGCAGCAAUUAUUGCGUGCAGCCUACGUCCGUCCCGAUGGACGGUUUAGAUCCUCAAAUAUUUGUUUACGCACAGCACGCAAGCGCAGAAAACUACGGUGUUGGGCAGAGUUGCAUUACUUACAGUGGUCCGGUGGAGGCUGAAAGAUCAGAAGGUUCUGAAUAUAAUCAAAUGUCUGAUCCCAUGUACACGUCGCACCCAGAAAGCGAAGAUUUGGUUGAGGUGGAGGAGAAUUUAAGCGUCACGCGAGAUUUCGGCGACUUCGAAGAAAAUCCUCUAGCGGAAGAUCCUCUGAAGGAUGCUAGUCAAGAAGUUGGCUAGAGGAGUCGUGAACGCUUCGAAGAACUCCUUUUGUUUAUUGUUGAUACUAGUACUCAUUCUCCGCUCCUAAGUUCAUUUUUUCGUGCAUUGGGAAUUUUCUUUUGCGUUAUUUUUUUUUGUUAAUUUCUUUGCUCUCUAGUGAAAUUCAUUUCGGUUGGAAAAAGUUCUGGUUAGAUUUUCGCGUGAGCGUUUUUUUUUUUUUUUUUUUUUUUUUUUUUU